CCACCCCGAGGGCGGAGCGUCCCGAGCCCCCCCCGUGUCCGCCCGCCCUCCCCGUGUCCGCCCCGUCGCGCCCCGCCAUGGCCGCGCGUUGCCUCCGAGCCGUCCCCGCGCUCAGCCGCCUGCCCCGCCGCCCGCCCGGGGCACCGAGCCGGCACUAUGCCGACAAGCGGAUCAAGGUGGCCAACCCGGUGGUGGAGAUGGAUGGAGAUGAGAUGACACGGAUCAUCUGGGCCUUCAUCAAGGAGAAGCUCAUCCUGCCCAACGUGGACGUCCAGCUGAAGUAUUUUGACCUGGGCCUGCCACACCGGGACAAGACGGAUGACCAGGUCACCAUUGACUCGGCGCUGGCCACUCAGAAGUACAGCGUGGCUGUGAAGUGUGCCACCAUCACGCCGGAUGAAGCCAGGGUAGAAGAGUUCAAGCUGAAGAAGAUGUGGAAGAGCCCCAACGGUACCAUCCGAAACAUCCUGGGGGGCACAGUGUUCCGGGAGCCCAUCAUCUGCAAGAACAUCCCGCGCCUGGUGCCGGGCUGGACCAAGCCCAUCACCAUUGGCAGGCACGCCCACGGUGACCAGUACAAAGCCACCGACUUCGUGGUUACCAAGUCUGGGACAUUCAAGAUGGUCUUCACGCCGAAGGACGGCAGUGGGGUGAAGGAGUGGGAGGUGUUCAACUUCCCCGGCGGUGGCGUGGGCAUGGGCAUGUACAACACGGACGAGUCUAUCUCGGGCUUCGCUCACAGCUGCUUCCAGUAUGCCAUCCAGAAGAAGUGGCCUCUCUACAUGAGCACCAAGAACACCAUCCUAAAGGCCUACGAUGGCCGCUUCAAAGACAUCUUCCAGGAGAUCUUCGAUAAGCACUACAAGACGGAGUUCGACAAGCUGAAGAUCUGGUACGAGCACCGGCUCAUCGACGACAUGGUUGCCCAGGUGCUGAAGUCCUCCGGUGGCUUUGUCUGGGCGUGCAAGAACUAUGAUGGGGACGUCCAGUCGGACAUCCUGGCCCAAGGCUUCGGUUCCCUGGGGCUGAUGACCUCUGUCCUGGUGUGUCCGGAUGGGAAGACUAUUGAGGCUGAGGCGGCUCAUGGCACCGUCACCCGCCACUACCGGGAGCACCAGAAGGGGCGACCCACCAGCACGAACCCCAUUGCCAGCAUCUUCGCCUGGACGCGCGGCCUGGAGCACCGUGGCAAGCUGGACAGUAACCCAGACCUCAUUAAGUUUGCCCAGACGCUGGAGAAGGUCUGUGUUGAAACCGUGGAGAGCGGGACGAUGACGAAGGACCUUGCUGGCUGCAUUCACGGCCUCGCCAACGUGAAGCUGAACGAACACUUUGUGAACACCACCGACUUCCUUGACGCCAUCAAGAACAACUUGGACAAGGCCCUGGGCAAGAAGUAAGGGCACAUGGCCUCGCUGUCACCGGGAUGGCUGGGCACCCAGUGCUGCCACCAACUCACUGACCCGGCUCAGGAACAGUCUAAUAUUUUUAUAAGCAGUUUUCUUACGAGUGUUUUUAAAGCCUUUGUAGCAGGGCUAUGCAGGAUGAGGGGCACCGAUUCCUGUAUCCCCCCCACCUUGCGGUGCCAGCAGCCAUUAAACACCUCCCCGGCGCAUGGUGUGGCACAGCUCUCGUGGCACAGGGCAGCUGCAGGAUGCAGCCAGUGGCUAAAGAAUAGGCAUUUAUUAGAAUUAUUGCUAAACAACUCUUCAAACGGAGGAGAUAGAAACCAAAACACAGUAGGGCUUUGCACAAGGGGCAGCUGAAUACUGCGCACGCAAGGCAGGGGACGGCACCAGGGAGCCACAGGGCCACCUGUGCCACCAGCAUGAGAACCCCCUGCCUUAUCCCAUGGGGCAAAGCUGGGUGCCGCAGCCACGCAGUGCUGCCUCCCAGCAGCAGCGAAGAGGCUGCGCCAGCCCAUCCACACCCAGCAUGGGGAGGAUUCACGUCACAGCUCUUUUUUGGUAAUGGGAUUGAGGUAGCGUGUGGGGAAGGGGGUGGCACUGCCACGUGGGGUCCAAACAUCACCAUCCUGGCUGGAGGAAGCUUGGAGGGGAAAAAGAUGAUGGGAAGGCUGGGGUGCUUGGUGCCUUGCUGGGAGCUUGGAGGGCCAAGUGGUGCCACCUCCUCCCCAGAACCAGUCUGGGGCUUUUAGAAAUGGGGCAGAUAGUGCUGUGCCCCAGGGAGCGCGGUGGGACCGGCGCCUGCAGCAUUGUCCGGGGGGAAGGUCCUGGAGCCCGUACUGGUGCCCCAGUCCUGUUAGAGCUGCCCAGAGUGCCAGUAGGAACCCUGUCUAACACUGGGCACAGUGGGGAAUGAUAUCGGGGGUGCUGCCUGGCCCCCUGCCCCACAGCAGGGAAAGCCAGGAGAUGGUCCCAGCCCCCGUGCUGCCCCAGCUCCUUUCUCCCCCGUACCAAUCCUGCAACCCAAGGAGACAAACCUGCAUCCCAGGGGCUGUGCUGCCCCAGCAAAAGCAGUUUCCUGCCCCCUAGAACAGCUCGGAGGGGGCAGUGAGGCGGCCUGGCAGCACAGGGAGUGGGUGCCAGGACUUUGCCAGCAUAGGGCUGCCCCCCAUGUGGUGGGACCCCACUCUGGUCCUCAGCUUCCCCCGGAGCACCAUUGCAGCAGCCCCCGCCCACACAGACCACACACAUUACACAGGUUUACAAAGCACAUUGGUUGAAGGAAACUGAACUCAGUGAAAAGAUAAAUCCAACCACGCGGCACGUCUGAAAAAAAAUAAAUUACUUUUCAAAAUA